CCGCGGCCAAUUGCAAAGUCGUGCGUGCUUGUGAUGAUGACUAAUUAGUCACUCUACCUCUCUAAGACAUUUUGUUUCGAGGCUAAAAAGUAACCCCUUUUCGGAGAGUUGUUGUAAGUUAUAGCUAAUUGUUGUCGGGUUUGUGAGAACAGACCUCCGGUCAUGUGUUCUUCAACAAGUCGCUUAAAAAGCUCGGUUCUCUUUCGUGGAUCAAGCUGUUUUUAAAUGAGAAUUACGAAUAGUCUUCAGCUUGUUGACCUCUCGCCGCUGAAGAGCGGGUCGUGCCAAAGAUAAUGCCUGAGCCAGCGAAGAUGAAAAAGCCCGACGUGAAAGUUGUGAUACUGGGUGACAUGAACGUUGGAAAAACUUCGCUGCUCCAUCGGUACACAGAGAGAAAAUUUAAAGACACUAUCAGCACCGUUGGUGGAGCGUUCUUCUUGAAACAAUGGGGACCUUACAACAUCUCUAUCUGGGAUACCGCUGGCCGGGAGCAGUUCCACGGCCUGGGCUCCAUGUACUGCCGUGGCGCCUCGGCAGUCAUCCUAACGUACGACGUCACCAACUGGCAGAGCCUGGCCGAGCUGGAGGACCGCUUCCUGUCUCUCACCGACACGGCCAACGCCGACUGCAUCUUCGCCAUUGUGGGCAACAAGGCCGACCUGGCGGAGUCGGGCGCCCCUGUUGCUGAGCCCGAGGACAAGCCAGGAGAGCAGCAGGGUGUGGGGACUGAACUCCAGCCUGGUGGGGGUGGUACCGGAAGUGGCUCCCUGCUCCCGAAGCAGGUGAGCCAGGAGGACGCGUUGGCGCUGUACGCCCGGGUGCUCCGCUACAAGGGCCUGGAGGGACAGACAUGCCCACCUGCCGAGCGCCUGUGCUUCGAGACCAGCGCCAAGACGGGCUACAACGUGGACGAGCUCUUCGAGACCAUCUUCGACAUGGUGCUGCCCUCCAUCCUGAAGAAGAGGAGUCAGGGCGAGCCGUCCACCGUGGACCUAGAGGACUGCCGGGUCGCCAAGACCACUAAGGGAGGCUGCUGUGCUUGAGGGGGGGGGGGGGGGUCUUGCAGGGCCAGGCCAGGCGUCGCCUAUGAGCGAAAGCUGGUAGGCGUACUAUGGAGAGGUUGUUGAAGCUGCCAAUUCGCUCAGUCCAAAGACCAGUUUGUUUUGGGGGACUAUGAUAAUCUGUGAAUGACUGAGUCAUUCCGGACUGAGGACUGUGGUUUGAGGUAGCUCCCCCCUUCGAAAACAAAACUGGCCUAUACCCUCCCGUUUCAUGCGGAUUCGUAUUCAAAGGCUAUUCAAACAAUCAACAGGACAAGUUGAAAACAACUCCAAGACAAAGUCUGUGUGACUACCAGAGAUGAAGUAAGAAGUGCACAUUUGUGAGGUUGAUUUUUGCCUUAAAAACAGUACUGUGUGUGUGUGUGUGUGUGUGUGUGUGUGUGGGCAGCAUUCUUCUUAGUGACAUGUGCUGCGAAUCAGUCACUGAUACUUUUCUUGUUGAAUGUUAAGGGACUGAGGGGCAGUUGCUAAAAGCACUUCAAGGGCAGAUACGGAAAUCUUUACCCUGCGUCUGCAAUGACACUGAACGUGUUUUCCUUUUAAAGGAAGCUUUUUUUGUAAAAGAAAUAAUAAAAAAUAAACAAUCAGUGUUAAGUGA